AUGGCUAGUAACUACAAAGUCGCCGACAUCUCCUUAGCUGCCUUCGGUAGAAAGGACAUUGAAUUGUCUGAAAAUGAAAUGCCAGGUUUGAUGUACAUCAGAAAGAAGUACGGUCCAUCUCAACCAUUGAAAGGUGCAAGAAUUGCAGGUUGUUUGCACAUGACCAUCCAAACCGCUGUCUUGAUUGAGACUCUUGUUGCUUUGGGUGCUGAAGUUACUUGGACUUCUUGUAACAUCUUUUCAACUCAAGACCAUGCUGCUGCUGCUAUUGCUGCUGCUGGUGUUCCUGUGUUUGCCUGGAAAGGUGAAACCGAGGAAGAGUACCAAUGGUGUAUUGAACAACAAUUGUUUGCCUUCAAGGACGGUAAGAAAUUGAACUUGAUCUUGGACGAUGGUGGUGACUUGACCUCAUUGGUUCACGAAAAAUACCCAGAAAUGUUGGAAGACUGUUACGGUUUAUCCGAAGAGACCACUACCGGUGUCCACCACUUGUACAAGGCUUUGAGAGAUGGUAAAUUGAAGGUCCCAGCCAUCAACGUUAACGACUCUGUCACCAAGUCCAAGUUCGACAACUUGUACGGUUGUAGAGAAUCAUUGAUUGACGGUAUCAAGAGAGCCACCGAUGUUAUGAUUGCUGGUAAGGUUGCCGUUGUUGCUGGUUUCGGUGAUGUUGGAAAAGGUUGUGCUAUGGCCUUGCAAGGUAUGGGUGCUAGAGUUAUCGUUACCGAGAUUGACCCAAUUAAUGCUUUGCAAGCUGCUGUCUCUGGUUACCAAGUCGCACCUUUGGAUGAGGUUGCAUCAAUUGGUCAAAUCUUUGUUACAACCACCGGUUGUAGAGAUAUCAUUGUUGGAAAGCACUUUGAGAAAAUGCCAGAAGAUGCCAUUGUUUGUAACAUUGGUCACUUUGACAUUGAAAUCGAUGUUGCUUGGUUGAAAGCCAACGCUGAGUCUGUUGUCAACAUUAAGCCACAAGUUGACAGAUACUUGAUGAAGAAUGGUCGUCACAUUAUCCUUUUGGCUGACGGUAGAUUGGUCAACUUGGGUUGUGCUACUGGUCACUCCUCAUUCGUCAUGUCUUGUUCAUUCUCUAACCAAGUCUUGGCACAAAUUGCAUUGUUCAAUGACAAGAACAAGGAGUUCAAAGAGAAAUUCCCAGAGUUUGCAAAGACUGGUCCAUUCGACGUCAACGUUCACUUGUUGCCAAAGAUUUUGGACGAAACUGUUGCCAAAUGUCACUUGGACCACUUGAACGCCAGAUUGACUACUUUGACUGAUGUUCAAGCUGAAUACUUGGGUAUUCCAAAGGAAGGUCCAUUCAAAGCUGACAUUUACAGAUACUAA